GUUUCUCUUUACACACAUACAUGUGGAAAAUAUGUUCUCUCUCCAUGAAAUGUGAAUGCAUAUGUAUCUAUGUACAAUUAUAUAUAUGAGAUUUACAACAAUCCAUCUUUCUCCAAGAUGUCGAAAGUUUCUUUGUGCCUAUCAGAAUCAUAAAUCUCUCUCUACCUCUUACCUCUUGCCCACUUGGUCUCUCCUUUCCCUUUCUUCUUCUCCAAAUUACUUUCCAUACAUUUAUGUAAAAUCUCUAUCAUCUAAUCUUAUAAUAUAACAAAAAGACAGGCCUAGUUUUCACGCCACCGUUUUCAUCGCCCUUUCGCCUUCACUCACCAUUGAAGCGUAGAAAAAAGUGAAACAAUGAAGACUACGCGGCUUUUCUAUAAAACGGCGGCGGUGGUUCUUCUCCUUUACGUAGCCGUAUCUCCACCGCUUGUUUCCGGCGACACAGGGCGGCGUGUUAACAUGACACUAGUUCGAGGAGCCGCUGCUCUUGGUGCUUUUUGCUUGGACGGUAGCUUACCAGCGUAUCACUUGGACAGAGGCUUCGGUGCUGGAUCAGACAAUUGGCUUUUGCAGUUUGAGGGAGGAGGAUGGUGCAAUGAUAUGGCAUCAUGCGUGGAUAGAUCAAAGACCCAUCGAGGCUCGACACGUUUUAUGACCAAAACCGCCGUCUUCACUGGAAUCUUGAGCAAUAACGCUUCUUUAAAUCCAGAUUUUUACAACUGGAACAGAGUUAGGCUGAGGUAUUGCGAUGGAGCUUCGUUUGGGGGAGAUAGACAAAUUAGCAACGGGACGUCAAUGCUUUAUUUCAGAGGACAACGUAUAUGGAAUGCCAUCAUUCUUGACCUUCUACCCAAAGGUUUAGCAAAAGCCAAUAAGGCUCUUCUGACCGGCUGUUCAGCUGGUGGUUUAUCUACAUUCUUACAUUGUGAUAACUUCACGAGCUAUCUGCCAAAAACCGCAAACGUUAAGUGCAUGAGCGACGCUGGGUUCUUUCUUGACGCAAUUGAUGUAGCAUCAAACCGAACAAUGAGAUCUUUCUACACUCAGCUUGUGUCUCUACAGGGUGUACAAAAAAACCUCGAUCCAAAUUGCACACGUGCGUUUUAUCCUGAACCAUCUUUGUGUUUUUUCCCUCAAUAUGCAUUGCGUUUUAUCAAAACGCCAAUGUUCAUCUUAAAUUCAGCCUACGAUGUAUUCCAGUUCCAUCAUGGGCUGGUACCACCUUCUGCUGACCCGACCGGGCGUUGGAACCGUUGCAAGGUUAAUGUGACAGCAUGUAAUCCACACCAGCUCGAUGCACUUCAAGGGUUUAGGACAGAUAUGUUAGGAGCAUUAAUGAAUUUCUUCAGAAAUACUACGAGAGGAGGAAUGUUUAUAAACUCAUGCUUUGAUCAUUGUCAGAGUGCUUUACAGGAAACUUGGCUCUCUCCCAUUUCACCGAGGAUCCACAAUAAGACCAUUGCUGAGACGGUCGGAGAUUGGUAUUUUGGGAGAGGAGAUGAUGUGAAAGAAAUAGGUUGCCCAUAUCCAUGUGAUAAAACGUGCCAUAAUCUCAUUCCAGCUUCUACUACAGAUUCUUUGGCUCCCAAUGCUCCAGACCAUAAAUCUCUCGGUACACAAUUGUCUCCUUUUUCCCUCGCUUUUUUUUUACUUUAUAUUUUUUUGUGUACCAUGAAUAUUCAGCUUUUUGGUUUUUAAUGAUUUGAUUAUGUAGCAAUUAAGCUGUAACAAAAAGCCAAAUCUUCUCUCUUUUAUAUAUUUUUUGUUAUGUCUUCAUGAUCAGGUACAGGGAGCCAUGUUUAUAUAAAUGAUCUUGUAUCGUGAUAGUAGAAGUUGAGAAUUAUCAAGAUUGCAGUGGAUCAAAUAUAAUCCAAUUGUGACUAAAAGAAUUAUGUGCUAGAUUGUCAACAUUGCAGUUAUUCCAGAUACCAACAUAAAAACUAUAAUUUGAGGAAAAAAUAUCAUGUCUUUCGUAAUUUUC